AGCAAUGGAUGUCCGAUUGUAUCAGCGGCGCUGAAUUUUGUGGGUCCGUUGCGAUCUCCUCCUCAUGCUCUUCCGGAAGGAGAUCCGCAUGAUUCUGAUCUACUUGCUUUUUAUUCGAUCCACGACCGCAAACUGUCCGUCCGACUGCCGCUGCGACGUGGACGAGAACACAGUCCUAUGUUCUGGCCCAUUGCUGCUCACCCUACCGGACACGAUUCCACCCGGUUUCGAUGUUCUAAUCAUCCGGAAUACUUCGAUUCGCUCGAUUCCAAAGCAUGCAUUUCGGCGAAUGGAACGACUACGCGAGCUGCACGUCGAACACUGCGAUCACCUGGCGUUUCUCGAGAAAUUCGCCUUCAAAGGGCUCAAAAAGCUGAGGUUGAUCAGCUUUACGAACUGUCCAAGGCUAAACGAAAUACCCAAAUCGUCGUUUUCUGGAAUUGGCAACGAAUUUGGCGUGAAAAUUCACUUUCAUAGAACUCCUGUUCAGCGAGUUCACGGAGGAGCAUUUAGACAUGCUCACAACAUCAGGGAAUUGUUGAUCUCUGGAACUGAUCUGGCUCUAUCAAGACAUGCCUUUGCUGCCAUAACUCAGUUGGACUUCCUCACUGUGUCUGGUGUGACCGUAAUCGAGCCCCAACUUUUCACCAACUCAACCCGAUUUCACAUUGUACACUUCAAAGAGUUAAACUGUGAGAUACCUCCGCGUGCUUUCGAGGACCUUGCACACGUACAUCAGGUUCUGAUCCAACGAAGUCGAAUAUCUACCAUUGCCACUGAUGCCUUUAGCGGGAUGAGCACCGUUGAGACUGUUGAACUUUACGAUAAUAAUAUCGAGACCAUUGCUGCAAGAGCUUUCGCAUCAAUUGUGAAUCUUGGACGAAUUCGGAUAGCACGUAACAACAUCCAAACCCUGCAAACUGUCGAAUCACUGCUCUCAGAAGCGAUUCAAACUCGUGUCGAAGAAAAUACUUUGGAAUGUGGCUGUGAUCUACUUUGGAUGACAGCACUUGAGGAUAAACGUCUCGCUGAUGUGAACUACUGCAGCGCAAGUGGUGUACACCGUACUGUGCGGAAUUACUUGCGACAGACUUGUUACCGUACUGCACCCGCUACAGUUGCUGCGACUACGGAGCGAACUUUUGCGGUAACGAAUCACGACAGGAUGCGUGCCUUGAGAGAUUCUACUAAGCGAGCACAAGUACAAGCGCAAAUAUUCGAGCUCAAUGCGAUCUCCAAAUUAGUUGAUGAUUCACUAGCAACAUUUACGGCCACAGUUGAUUCUCUGAUCGACACUUUGAAUGAAGAGCAAGAAGCUCAAUCGCAAGAAUACACAGACAAAGCGCAUGCAAACUCAGACAGCGCGCGAUCACUCGCUAUCGACUUAGAAGCAAAAAUGUACAGCGCGCAUGAUCAGAUGAAUUUCGAAGCAGACAAAACAGUAUGGGAAGGACAGAUAAUGGCAAAACCAAAACUGCCAGCUAUCCCUAUUCCGAUUUUCUCGGGAAACUCACCACAGUCAGCAGGUGAAACGCCGACUUUAGAAGAAAGCGACGGGGAGGAUGCACAGAUGCACCAUGAUGAGGAACACGUAGUGGGCACAGAAGAACAACAGCAACGUGAACCCAAAUUGAGCACAGAUGACGAAAAGGAAGAACUUGAGCCAGAGAAUACACAUAUGGAUGACUCACUACCAGACCUGGUGGAAGACGGCGACGCUUUGGAACUGGUAGAUGAGUCAUCCAAUGGCGAAGAGGAAACAAGGGUCCCUCCACAAGUGGACGAAGCGCGCGAGGAAAAAGAAGAAUCAGAGCUUCUGGAGAUGGAGGAAGAGAGUGAAGCAAUGGUUGAGGAAUCAGUGGAAGUCGAAAUGAUGAGAGAAGGACCACCACCCCUCGUUGAAGAAGAGGAGGAGUUCGAUUACGAAGAGGAUGAUGAGGAGGGGGUGAACCUCGAUGAAGUUCGGGUCCGAGAAUCGCGGCUGGAAAUACAACAGGCGGAAGAGAAUGCCGAAAAUGGGUUACUCUCUGUUUUCACUGUCGCAGAUACGGCCACCAUUCGUCCCUCUGCGAGCUACCGGAGGUAA